GAUUGGGUAUCUGUGCGGUGCCACUGUGUGUGGGAAAGGUGUAUUGUUGGUGUUGGGUCUACAGAGAUUACAAAACCUGGUGAAACCCAAGGUUGGAUUUUUUCUCAUAACUCUCUGCCCGAAUCGAUACGGUGAGGUAGUUUGUGAGUGAUUGGCGUAACAGGUGGUUCGUUAAUUUAGGUGCUAAAAAAAAGCAGACACAGCGAUGGAUGUGCUUGCUCUUAUGCAACCACUUGGAAUUUUGGCUGCAUCAUUCGUGGGUUUCGUCGUUAUCUUCAAUAGACGCUCCAAGAAGCAUCGUAGUGGACACUACACGCUACCAGGGUGGAAUUUCUUCUUGAAACAGCGCUGGGCAGAAAGGAGACUCCGAAAGAGGUUUAAGGAGGAAGAUCCCGGUGAAGAAUUCUUCAUCAGCCAUCCCGAUGAUGAGGUACAUGCCAUUGAGAAGGACAUCGGUGUUGAAAGUUUACAAUUUUACGGAACUGACUCGCAGGGGAAUGAGCUUCUUGUAAAAAUUUCACGGAGAAAAGGUCGUGUAGCUGAUGUAAUUUUGAGUCUUCGUCUCGAAAGUGGGGAAACUCUGACGCUGCCCCAGCAUCCCGAUACGAGGAUCUCCAGUGCAAACACCGAGGAAGCUUUCGAAGCAGCUGGUCUGCGAUAUGAGUGCCUUGUACCGAAUUCCAACUGGCGAAUUACCUUUGCUGGCUACCUGAGGCGUGAGAUAAGAAAGACAUGGUCCGCUGAAGUACAUGACGAUGAUUUGAUCUUCGUGCGAUUCAACUUUAUCUGGGGUGCUGCCAAUGAACCCCUUUCAUGGCCAUGGAACUGGAGUCCAAAGAUGAUGGCUUCGGCACUUGCCACAGAGCCAUGGCUCGAUGGCAAGUGGAUCAAUAUGGUGCCAAUGAGUAUUCAGGGUGUUGAUCAGUUUGGAUCUCUACGGGGGCAGAUCACAAUUGGCGAAAGUGCCCCAAAAGAGGUGGUACUUCCGGGAAUUCGUGAAAAACGUUGGGGCAUCGAGAGAACAGACUACAUCCACCGUACUGCAAAUUUCCUCGUUUCCUGCUACGAUGGGCUAAUUUUUACCCUAAAUACGAAAAGUUUUAGCAAAGGACUCACGCACGUUCAAUCAGGACUGGUGCGUCUACCCUGUGGGGAAGUUUAUCCCAUCGACUGGAGUGAUUUCCACAUUUCAACUCUUGCUGAGCAUCCAGCAAGUCUCCCAAGAGGCUUCACGUUCAGAUUUUCCGGUGCUGGGAGAACUUUCACUGUAGUUUUGCACUUUCUUCCUGAGAAAAUUCUCCCUCUCCAGGGUGGUCGUCCACUAGAGUGGUUCUCACACCAUGUUCCAUUUGAGGUCACUGUAAAUGGGAUUCCUGGACGAGGGAGUGUACAACUCCACUACCCCGAAUCAUAUAUGGACAUUAGUCUACCGCAUCAACGUGAAGAACCGCGCAUCCGGAAGCUGAGGUACAAAGAAAUAAAACCCAAUCCGGGAAAACUCGUGGUACGGCUAUCCGAUAUAGAUGCCCAGAGUGUUGCUGUAGCAGGGGGAAAGGGUGCUAGCUUAGCAUUGCUAACAUGUGCCACAGACAAUGGCACAUUUAGCGUUCCAAUGGGAUUUGUGGUAACAUCAUCAGCAUAUCGGCAACAGAUGAAUGGUGAUCAAGACCUAGGACGACUGCUGGAUAGACUUGUGGGAAUUUGUGGGGAAGAAAUCAAAGGGAACCUCCGAGAAGUUUGUGAGGAAGUUGUUGCAAAAAUCCAAAGUAUGGACGUAAAGAUGCAAAUUCGUCUUGCAAUUGAGGAAGUACUCGGUGGGAUAAUACAGAGUGAAUGUGAGGAGAAUUCUGGGGAUUUUGAAAUUGUCCGGGAGAUGAGGUAUGCUAUUCGAAGUAGUGGUAUAAGUGAGGAUGGUAGUGAUGCUUCCGCAGCUGGUCAGAAUGAAACCUUCCUUGGUGUGUCGACUGUUGAUGAAAUCCAUCGUUCAAUCGUCAAGUGUUGGGCCUCCCUGUACACGUACCAGAGUGUCCAGUACCGACGACAGAAUAUCCAACCAAUCAUUACAGAAAUGGCCGUGGUUGUUCAGCAAAUGGUAGCUGCUGAUGUAGCAGGUGUCCUAUUUACGCGGCACCCGUCAACUGGAAAUCCCAGUCAUGUGCUCAUUACAUCAAACUACGGCCUAGGCGAAUCCGUGGUAUCUGGUGAAGUUGAUCCGGAUGUCUUUGUCGUGAAGCGUAACUACCACGACACGAAAUUCACAUUGGUAGAGACAAAAGUUGGGAAGAAAGGAUAUAAGAUCAAGAUGGCAUCAAAUGGACAAGAAGUUGAAAAGAUUCCCCUCGACGAGGAUGUUCAGACAUCAACUACCUUGAGUGAGAAACUUAUUCAGAAAUUUACGGAAAUUGGUGUGAGGCUGGAAAAAAUGUAUGGGAAUCCAAGAGAUAUUGAAUGGGCAACAUUUGAUGGGAAAAUUUACCUCCUUCAAUCGCGUCCUAUUACAACGUUGGAUGCUUUCACGGAUUGGGAGCUGGCUCAUGAAUUUGAUUAUCCCAUAAUGAGUCCACAGGAUGCAAGAUCGACGGCCAAUGUACAGGAAGUUUUUCCCGGAUGCACCGCUCCACUUUCCCUCUUCACUGUAGCCAAAAUGAUUGAUGAGGCUAGUUUUACAGGUGCCACAGGUCUCAAAGCUUCCACGCGGUUGUUCAAUGUCUUUUGGAUAACCAUGUACCAGUUGGGCUUUGAAAUGUACAAUUUAUUCCUACGGCAGCCCGACGAAAAAAUUAGCAUGCUCCACAAAGUAUUCGGGAUGGCUGUUCUUGGGCGGGAUUUUAUCACCAAAGAAGUUCUCAGUAUUGGGAUUCAUCGAAGAGGAAUCACUGGGAAUUGGAUAAAGUUUAAAAUGAUGGUAAAGACCAUCGUUCAGUUCUUCAAUAAUGGCAGCAGAUCCGCCAGAGGGGUGUCCUUGACAAACUCAUUCCGCAAUGAAUAUUCCCCAGAAAGUCUUGAGAGAUUCUCCACGGCUAGUGAACUCUACGAGGACAUCACGAAGAAUAUGGUGCAACUGUAUGAAAUGUCUGGAAUUCAUGGCAUUGUCUCCCAGGUUUCUGUGCUGUCACAGGUGGUGCUAAUGAUGAUCAUGGUGGAGGGAGCUGAAUCAUUCACCGAAGAUCACUUCAAUGAUUUAGCAAUUGUGCUCAAGUGCAGCAAAGAGGUGGAAUCUGCAGAAAUUCCCAAAAGUUUAGCUGAAAUUGGACGUAUUAUCUACACAACUGGAAAAGCAGAGGAGUUCCACAAAAUCCCACCGAAGGAUGCAAUUGGCUGGCUCGAACGAAACUGCCGGGAAGCUCAUAAAUUAUUUGUGGAAUUUAUUGCCAAGAAUCAUCAUCGAGGUCUCAAGGAAUUCGAUCUCGCCACAGAGACAUGGGGAAUGCGGCCGGAGAUUGUCAUUGAGAUGAUCCAAGCCAAUGUACGCUUUGGAAAGGCUCCCACAGCAGCUGUUACCGAGGAUAGUCGUGAUAUUGUAGAUCAGUUGCGAUCACCCAAGAAGGGACUCAGUAAAUUCUUCCUACGACGUCUCGUGAGUCUUCUCAAGAAGUCCGUUCAACGCCGCGAAUUAUCCAAGAGCAACCUAAUAGCCGUUGUGAAUGAAUUUCGAAUGGGUUUCCGGCACUUGGGACGUCUUAUGGUUGCCGAGGGGCGCCUACCGGAUUUCCAUUUGAUAUUCUACCUUGUUCCUGCGGAAAUUGAAAGGCUUCUCCGGCGCCGGGAUGCACGUAUUGUACAUAAAGCCUCACGCAGACGACGAUUGCUCACCCAAUGGGAGCAUAUUCAGUUCCCAGAACUCGCCACAGGGAUUCCACGCCCCAUAAAUCAUCAAGCUACAACACCACCAGAUGGUGGUGAAUGUAUUGUACAAGGAACAACAGUCUACCCUGGACUAAUCACUGCUCGUGCCUGUGCAAUUAAGAGUUUCGCCGAAGUGGAUCAAAUUCAAUCUGGCGACAUUCUCAUUACCUACAGCACUGAUAUCGGAUGGAGCCCCUAUUUUCCCAUGCUGAGUGCCGUUGUGACGGAAAUCGGUGGACUAAUUUCCCAUGGAGCUGUUGUAGCCAGAGAAUAUGGUCUACCGUGUAUUGUGGCUGCUCGAGGGUCAACAGACUACUUCCGGACAGGUGAUAUGGUAACACUGGAUGCAGGUAGAGGGGUGAUCUUUCGAACAGAAUCAGCACAUUCGUGAACUUUGAACACUUUUAAACUUUAACUUUAAAUUUUUCGAUUAAAAAAAAUUUAAAGAAUAUUUAGAAUGAACGGAACAUAUCAGAGAAAUUAUGCCAUUCUGAAGAAUUAGAUUUUUCUUCAAUUUUCCGUCAAAAAUAGAGAAAUUUUCCAAAUUUUCUGAAAUAUAUUUGAUUUUUUUACAAGAAUUGUAAUCGUUUUAGUAAUGUACUUACUUUAGAAUUAAGUUAAUUUUAUGAUAAGUUGCCCAAGUUGUCUGAUUUCUAAUGGGACUUAAGCACGUUUUCUAUGCUGUGUACCACACUAAAAAUAACCAAAUCUAUGAUUAAAAAUAUAAAAUUUAAUUAGUUGGUUGUGAGAAUAAUAAAAUCUUGCUAGUCGAUUUUUUUUAAUUCAAUUUUAAAGAUAAUGAUUUGAGAAGGCAAUCAUUUCACAAAGCUAUUUAAUCAUAUAAUUAAUUUCUUAUUCACCUAUAAAAUAAAUAAAAUAUACAAAGAGAAUAAAAUUUUUUUUGAAAAAAUCUAAUGUUUUAUCUUUUCGAAAUGGUAUUUAAUUAAUUUUCUAGUGCGAGAGGAAAUUAAAACACUCAAACACUUCAAAAGCUCCAAUAAAGCUCCCCAUAUUGCAUAUGAACAGCACAGUGAAUUUUUUCAUGAUUUAUUUAGCGUGGGUAGUUGCUUUUCGUCCCAUUUCUAUGCAACGCAAUAUACCAUGUAUGGUGAAAAUGUAACAUCAUGAACCAAGAGGAUUCACGAUUUUUGUUCAAAAGUCCUCUUUAUGGUUUAUUUUAAUCCACGAUAGCCCCGAGGAUAAAAUGAUUUUGAACACUUGAUGUUUUAUUCUCUGUUUUAGCUUGUUAAUCAAUAGCAGGAGGUGCAGUAGGACAGUCUUGUAAAAAUUGUUCUAGUUCGGUGUCAACGAUCAGAAAAUUGAUCAAUUACAAGCUUGCAAUUAUUUGCAGCAGAAACUAAAUAGUACAUAGGUUAUUCAGAUAAAAAGCUCAGGGUAUCAGGUAUGUAGCAAAAAGCUACCAUGUAGUCUUUAAAUUUUCCAUGUAAUUUUCAUACAAAAAAACGAAGAAUGUCCUUUAAAAUAAAACUACGAGCUUUAACACCAAA